AUGAUGAGGUCUUUUAUUUGUCUCUCUCUCAUCCUUCUGCCUCUCGUAUAUAACGUGGAAGGACUUAAAAUUGAGCCUAGUCCCUGGAAGCCGAUCAGGAAUGUACAACUUGGCUCCUACGUAGAGAUCGGAAGGUUUGCUAUAGAAGCGCAUAACAAGCAGUCGAAGGAGAUUCUGGCGUUCGUGAAAAACGUUCGGGGAAAAGAGCAAUACGACAAUGGCCUCAGGUACGCUCUGAUAAUCGCAACGAGGAAUAGCGAUGGUGUAGCAAAGAACUAUGAGGCUGUCGUGUUUGAAAGGCAUGUUAUGCAAGACAGGGUCCUUGAGUCUUUCAAGGAGAUAUAG